AUGUUGCACUACAGUGCACUGGUCAGUUUUCAGCUACCUGUUUUACUGCGGCAUAGUGCAUACUGCAUAGUUACAAGUCAUACGCGUCCGAGUUUUGCUGAUUGGUCAGCAGAGCAUCUUGAUGCACAGAUGCAAAAUAAAAACGUACACCGCGCUAUCCAACGGAUGAAUGCGCAGCGACAUUGUUUUCCUUUGCUUUGGAUUAAUUGUCAGUUGCCUCUUGGAGAGCGUCCUGGUGGGGCUGCUUCUGGCCAAAACGCAUGUCCCGCAAAAGCGCACACAAACCCUCCUAUUCAGCCAGUGUGCGACUAUCUGCACCCGCAACGAUCAAAUGUGCCUUCUCUUCCGUAUGGGAAACGUCCGCACCAAUCUGCUGCUGCAUGUGACACUCAAGGCGUAUUUGAUGAGAGAUACUGGAGAGUUCCACAGUUGUCAAUAUGGGUGGAACUUAUGGAAAAUGGGUCUUCAUUCAAGAAGGGUAUUAUGGUCUUUAUUCAAGAAGGAUUACACUUCCUGUUACAUCGGGAAUAACCGAAAGGGUAUAAUGCACUAAAACGAAAGAAGUGCACAGAACCCAGGAGCGAAGGCGGUGGAUGUCCUUAGACUCCUUACUAUCAUCUCGGUUGUUCCCUAGUGGAAAUGCUGUAGAUACCCUCCAAAGGUCGACAGAUCAUUCUUCUUUACAGUCAGCUGUAAAGAAUUCCACGGCAUAACGUGGCACACAGCUUCCAUGGAAAUAACCCCCGCUGCCAUCCGGAAUACGAUUGUUGACGGUAGUACUGCGGUCUCUUGAGAUGAUGAAUGAAUUCCCAAACGAAAACCGUGAUUAAUUAAGGCUGUGUAAUGGCAUAAUUAUAUCUACCGCUACAGCAACUGCAUUGGUGUUUGUAAAGGGCGAAUGACUGAGAAGAAUGCAAAGCAGGCGUGGCAUUCCCGUUUCUACCGGCAAAGAUCGGAUUCGCGAAACUUGUUACUUAUUUUCCGCUUUGUUGUUUCUAGUCUAAAACGUUUCCGGCGCGAUACAUGAAAGGUUUUUCGAAUGCUUUGUUUCAUUUACUCAUUUUCAAUUCGAUGCAAGCUGGACGUACACAAUUGCGCUAACAUCACACUUACGCUCUUCGCAAAUAAGUUAUGACACUAUAUUUUGUGACCUUUACGGAGAUAUCUGUUUACGGGUUCUGCAGUAAGCAGAUUAUUGCUGUAAUGAUUCGCUGAUACUGGUUUCUUUGUGAUUUCUAUGCAAUACUCAGCUAGCCCCGAGAUAUUAUAUUACCGCAACUACCGAUGACGUUAAGGUCAGUAUCGUUAACUGCAUCCGCAUUAUUUUUGGUGAACGUAUGUCAGAUAAUGCUCGUUGAUAUGCACAAUGCGACACUUAACCUCACCAUGGUCAGUUAUGGAUUAACGCCUCCAACAAUUUUAUCGUCAAUCCCCUUGGUUGGACCUGGUUUCGACAUAGGUCUGGAGAAAUUAAACAGAACAUACGGUUACAAUGUUGAUCAUUUAUAUUUGAGUCCGAAAAAGGCAGUUACUUGUUCUGAUCUUGCGGAUUAUGUGGAUGUGGUGUCAGAAUUUUACUACACAAAGCGUAAUCCCACGAAUCCAUUUAUUCUUAUUCCCCCAGGAUGUGAUGAUUUGAUGCCACUGGGCAAAUUGGCAAGAGAAUGGAAUGUACUUAUGCUUACCAGCGGGCUAUCGUAUGAACAGUUGCGAAACAGGAGAAAUUAUCCUACGACGAUUAAUAAUGGCCCCAUGCAACUGGCUAUGUUUGCCGAGGUGUUUGUUAAUAUCUUCAGUUAUUUUUCUUGGACCUCUAUUGGUGUUUUAUUGGAUACCGGGGCAAUGGCACCGUUUUUCAAGUUGUGGCCGACUGGACUUCUUAAUAUUGUGACCCAAAAGAAAAACAGUAACAUCACUCUAUAUCGCUUUGAAUUCGAUUCAAGCAAAUCGGUAGCGUACUCUGAUCUUUUGAUCGAGGUUAAAAAAGUUAGCCGGGUGGUUAUUCUUUCAAGCACGCCAAAAAUCGUUCGAAAAUUUAUGAUACAAGCUGCAAAAAUGGGAAUGACAAAUGGUGAAUACGUGUAUUUUGCUGUUGAACCACUGAGGAAUAACAGAUAUUUUGGGAAUUUAACUUGGCAGUACUAUGAUUCGGAUGACCUGAUUGGAAUGGAAGCUUUUCGAAGCCUGAAACAACUGGCUCCGUGCUACAACGAACGACUGAACAAUGAUCCAACGUUAUUCGACCAGCUCAUCCAGCGGUCUCGGCAAGAUUUCAAUUUUACGUACCCCAAAUCUGAGCCGGCAGUUACUUGUUCUGAUCUUGCGGAUUAUGUGGACGUGGUGUCAGAAUUUUACUACACAAAGCGUAAUCCCACGAAUCCAUUUAUUCUUAUUCCCCCAGGAUGUGAUGAUUUGAUUCCACUGGGCAAAUUGGCAAGAGUGGUUAUUCUUUCAAGCACGCCAAAAAUCGUUCGAAAAUUUAUGAUACAAGCUGCAAAAAUGGGAAUGACAAAUGGUGAAUACGUGUAUUUUGCUGUUGAACCACUGAGGAAUAACAGAUAUUUUGGGAAUUUAACUUGGCAGUACUAUGAUUCGGAUGACCUGAUUGGAAUGGAAGCUUUUCGAAGCCUGAAACAACUGGCUCCGUGCUACAACGAACGACUGAACAAUGAUCCAACGUUAUUCGACCAGCUCAUCCAGCGGUCUCGGCAAGAUUUCAAUUUUACGUACCCCAAAUCUGAGCCGCCAAACGCAUUCGUAAUUGCUGCACAUGAAUCAACAGAAAUGCUGGGAAUGAUUUUAAAUCACACUCUGAACGAGAAUCCGGACUUAAUAUGGGACGGACAAUACCUAGCGUCACAGUUUCUUAACAGAACCUUCACUCUGGAGUAUGAGGAUGCAUUUAUUGACGAUGUAGGAGAAAGGAGAAGUAAUUACUGCAUAAGCGCCAUGAACAUCUCCACAAAACUUCUUGAGGCAACGUUUUACUAUGAUGCUCGCCGACGACUCAUUAAGCAGAUGGUUGCCCAGGUAGACUGGGGCAACGCCGACAGCGUGCCGCCAAAAAAUAGACCCAGAUGUGGCUAUUUGGAUAACGACGUAAUUUGUCUGCUAAGUGGCAAUACCUUAAUUUAUCUGGUGGCGGGACUGACAAUCGUGAUGCUCUUUAUAAUUUUAAUUGGAUCGUUUAUAUGCUGCAACCGACGAAUUAAAAGAGAGACAGCCGCCUUUUGGGACGAUUGGUGGAGGGUUGACGUCAAGCUGUUGGAAUUUAUGCAUCGAACAGGAUUAUCAUUUUCCAAGAAUUUCACUGAUCUUGUGACGAUAGGAACAAAAUCUCAGAUCUUUCAUGGAAGCUUGCGAACUCGAUUUCUUCGCGGAUCUUAUGCCCUUUACAAAGGCAUUCCCGUAUGGACAACUCAAAGCACUGUAACGAACCUAAACGAGGCAGGCAAAUUUCCACAUUCCGAUGCCCGGAAGCUGCUAUGGGAUUUAAAAGGAUUAAUCCAUUUAAACAUCGUCCGCCUAAUUGGGAUUACCGUCGAUUCGCAAAAGUUUUGGCUGCUAAGUGAAUACUGUGCCAAAGGAUCAUUAAACGACAUUCUGCACGCUUGUGGGUUUGAACUGGAUGUGGACUUCAAAUGCUCGUUUCUGCAUGAUCUGAUCAUGGGAUUAAAAGAAAUACAUGCCUCUCCCCUAAAGUAUCACGGAUUCCUUGUACCGGAAGCCUGCUUGAUCGACGCAAGGUUUACACUAAAGAUCGGCUAUUUGGGGUUCGAGCGGCUAAUGCGAAACAUAACAAAAUGGUCACCUGCCGACAAUGUAUCAGAACUAUUCUCUGUGACAAGUGUGACAGAACUGGUCAACAUUGCUAAUAAGUCGUCGGAAAAAAAGCUGCCCAAUUGGCACACUUCCCAAAGAAGAGAUCUUGCAAGCUUUGGUAGAAUCGGAACGUUUCUAUUUGAUUCUUACGAAGCCUCCGUCCAAGCAGCAGAUGCGGCAGCAAUGCCGGCGCCGCAAAUUGAUCAGUACCUGCUGAUCUUCAAGACAUGCAAAGAUGUAAUCCAUCACCGUGACCUUUGCGCUAACGACAUCAUUAAAGAAUUACGAAACAAACUGGGCGAGCGCAAUACAAACCUAAUGACACGAAUGCAAAAUAUGUUAGACAAAUAUGCAAAUCGGUUGGAAAAUCUUGUACUGGACCGGACUAAAGUUUUGCUGGCCGAGCAGGAAAACUGUGACAAGCUUCUCAGAGAACUUCUUCCCACAUCUCUGGUGGAGAAAUUGCGGAAAGGCGCACCUGUCAAAGCCGAGUUGUACGAAUCGGCAACACUUUACUUCGGGUCUCUAUUUGGCUUCCAAGUGUUCAUUCAGCAGCAUUCGCCGAUCGAAAUUGCUCAGCUCCUGAACAGCGUCUACACCGCACUUGAUCUUAUUCUUCCAGGGUUUUCUGUGUUCAAAAUGGAAACUAUUGCGGAUAGCUAUUUGGUUGUAAGUGGGAUUCCUGAGCGUAAUGAAAACAGGCAUGCAAAGGAGAUAUGCAAUUUAGCUCUGCGCUUCCGGGAAACAUUUCAAGUCUUUACUGACAAAUACGGCCUGCAAUUAAGGAGUGGCAUUAAUUCAGGGCCAUGUGCAGCUGGUAUCGUUGGAUUCAAAUGUCCAAGAUUCUGCAUAUUUGGUGAUACCGUAAAUACGGCAUCACGCAUGGAGAGUCACGGAUUACCAUCAAAAAUCCAUGUCAGCGCUGGUACCGCUGGAUUGAUGCUCACAGAGAGCACGGUGGUUCUAGUACAACGGGGGAUUAUUUUUGUGAAGGGAAAGGGCGAGUGUAUUACCUACUGGCUCGAAAAACCAGAAGGAUGAGACAAGAAAUUAAUUAAGGAAGUUUUUCACUGGUUUUAGAACCAGUACAUACUAAAUACUUUGCCGUAUAAGGAGAGCGAGAGAUUUGUUAGUAUGGGUGGACGAUUUGUAAAUACGUCAAUUGCGGUUUGUGUUGAUAAUUAUUUUGUUGUUACCUUUUUCGAUCAGAGAAGUCCCAUUGGGAUUGACCUUAACAUGUAAGACUUAGCAGUUAGUAUCAAUUCUGCAACAAUAUUACCACAC